AUGACUUCAGAAGAUGCUGCUGAUGAAGAUAAACAGAAAACGCCAUUAGCUUUACCAACACAACCAUAUUGUCGUAUUCAUUGUCGUCAAUCCGCUGUACGUGCAGCACGUUUUAAUGCUGAUGGAAAUUAUUGUAUGACAGCUGGUGGAGAUAAAACUAUAAAAUUAUGGAAUCCAUAUAAUUGUCGUUUAUUGAAAACGUAUACAGGACAUGGUGGGGAAGUAUCUGAUGUACAGGCAGGUAAAGAUAAUAGUCAACUUGGUUCUGGUGGAGCAGAUUGUUUAGUUAUGCUAUGGGAUGUUGCUACAGGACAAUCAAUCCGCCGAUGGCGUCGACAUGCUGGACGUGUGAAUUCUGUUCUAUUCAUUUCACCAUUUUAUAAUACUGAUGCUCUGGAUCCUAGUCCAAUUUUAUUAUCAACUGGUGUUGAUGGAAUGGUUCUAGUUUGGGAUGCUAGAGCACGGACACCUUAUCCAGUCCAGACGAUGCAUGAAGCUCGUGACAGUGUCACUUGUUGUGCAUUUCGACGGAAUCAAAUUGUUACUGGUUCUGUUGAUCGAUGUGUUCGAACAUAUGAUAUCCGUAGAGGUGAAAUGAUUGAAGACUAUAUAGGCUAUCCAAUUACAUCAGUAUCAAUUACGCUGGAUAGUCAAUGUUUUCUUGUCGGUACACAAGAUUCAACUUUACGUCUAUUUGAUGCGUUAACUGGUGAACUGUUGAAUAGAUACACAGGACAUACCAAUCAGACAUACAGAAUGGAUAGUACACUCAUGAAUUUAGAUCAUCAUAUCGUGAGUGGAUCAGAAAAUGAUGGUCUUGUCUUCAUAUGGGAUUUUAUACAAUCCAGUAUACCAAUUCAUAAAUUGGAUCAUCAACCUGGCAGUCAAAUAUGGGGUGUUCUAUAUCCACACAAUUCAGAACCAGUUGCUGAGUUGAUCAUUGAGACUGCGAAAUCUGUCAACUUUAUGAUUCAUUCAGUAUCUGCACAUCCAAGACAAAGUAAACUGCUUACCUCAGGUGGUGAUUUUGUUUGGCUAUGGGAUGCUGAACCGAAGGAUGUUGAAAAAGAAUGA